GGCGGUCCGACUGCGAGAGCAGCGGUGGCGGUGCAGGGCUACAGUGGGCGUUGCGCGGCCGAGACCAUGGCUGGAGGCAAAGCUGGAAAAGACAACGGGAAGGCCAAGGCUAAGGCAGUGUCACGCUCACAGAGAGCUGGGCUCCAGUUUCCUGUGGGCCGCAUCCACAGACACUUGAAGACUCGCGCCACAAGCCGUGGACGGGUGGGCGCCACUGCUGCUGUGUACAGUGCUGCAAUUCUGGAGUACCUCACAGCUGAGGUGUUGGAGUUGGCAGGUAAUGCUUCUAAAGAUCUCAAAGUAAAGCGCAUCACCCCAAGUCACUUACAGCUUGCAAUCCGAGGUGACGAAGAGUUGGAUUCACUGAUCAAUGCUACCAUAGCCGGGGGCGGUGUGAUUCCGCACAUCCACAAGUCUCUGAUCGGAAAGAAGGGGCAGCAGAAAACUGCUUAGGACAUGAGUCACUGACCUGCUGUCCUCACU